AGCAUUAUAUACUGUCAGUUCAGCUGUGAAAUAUGGGUGCAUUCACUAGUCAGAUACUGGUUCCAGAGACCAAGGCAUGUACCCGUCACACUGAUCCAAAGAAACCAAACUGGAUAACUAUUCACGCUGUUGCCUCGGAAUUGAGUAUUGCUGAGGUGGAGAGACUUUGGCUAAGGUUUAAACAGCUCGGGUGUACAGAUAAAGGAGAACUCUCUGAAGAGGCUUUGGCUCAACAUCCAAUCAAUCAAGAUGCCUUCUCACGAAAUAUAAUGAAAAAGUUUGUAAAUCCCAGGACAAAGACAAUAUCAUUUGAAAAUUUCCUCAGAGGAUUGAAGUGGUGUGAGACUUCCAGCACAGAAAACAAACUUAAAGGUGUUUUCCGGAUGUUGAACAAUGGGAAUAAUUUACCAAAGGACAUUUUCAGAAAGAUUAUAGAGAGGGUAUAUGUCCAGCCAGAGGACAAAGGGAAUAUAGAUCGAGUUGUUAAUACACUUUACCAAUUUAUGGAUCCAGGGAAUAAAGGGACUAUAAACGAGGAGAACUUUGUCAGAGGCUGUCUAAAAAUUCCACAACCUCUUCUCGAAGAGGCCUUGAACUUUGAACUUUUGCCCACACAAAUGAGGCAAGAACUUCACAGCAAACUUCCAGAGUUCAGCAGUACAGGCCCCACCCCUGCUCCCAGGAGUAAUGUUGGGGGACCCAUUCCAGAUGACAAAGUGCUACAGAAAAUAGCUGUGAAGAUUCAUAAUAAAGACUGGGUCAGGUUAGCCAACAAACUGGACUUUGAAUUUGAAGACAUUGAAGAAUUCCAAUCCAGGAGCAAUGAUCAACGCCAGCAGAACCAAAGUGACAAGGUUUACGCUAUGUUGAAGACGUGGAAGAAUCGUGAGGGAAGCCAGGCCACAUCAUCAGUUCUGGCUCAGGCUCUCCGAGAUUGUCGAAUGAAUGAUGCUGCUGCAUUACUUUGAAAACUGACAGUCUUCUUACACAACAGUUAAACUUUUACACAUAUUUCAUGACCAGUGAUGUGCUCUGAACUUUGUUCAUGAAUAUUUGCAAAAGGAAUUGUAUACCGUCCAUAUUUUAAAUCCACCAUGGGUUUAGAAAAUAAAUCAGAUGUAAAAUAUG